AUGGCCGCGGCGGCGCUGCCCGAGUCGGUCUCCAGCAGCACUUGUAGCGUGGAGGGAGCUGCGGGCGGCGGCAACGGCAGCAGCAGCCGGCACGAGAAGAGCCUGGGGCUCCUCACCACCAAGUUCGUGUCCCUCCUGCAGGAGGCCAAGGACGGCGUGCUCGACCUGAAAGCGGCUGCUGACACUCUUGCGGUAAGACAAAAAAGGCGGAUCUAUGAUAUCACCAAUGUGCUGGAAGGGAUAGAUCUAAUUGAAAAAAAGUCAAAGAACAGCAUACAGUGGAAAGGUGUAGGUGCUGGCUGCAACACAAAGGAAGUCGUAGAUCGACUAAGGUAUCUGGAAGCAGAAAUCGAAGAUCUGGAACUAAAAGAAAAGGAGCUGGACCAGCAGAAAUUGUGGUUACAGCAAAGCAUUAAAAAUGUUAAAGAAGACACCACAAAUAAAAGUUUUUCAUAUAUCACUCAUGAAGAUAUUUGUGACUGUUUCAAUGGGGAUACGCUUCUAGCAAUUCAGGCACCUUCUGGCACACAGUUAGAAGUACCUGUCCCUCAUCUGGGCCAGAAAAAAUACCAGAUCAAUUUAAACAGUCACUCAGGGCCUAUCCAUGUGUUGCUCAUCAAUAAAGAAUCCAGUUUUUCUAAGCCGGUGGUUUUUCCAGUUCCUCCACCAGAUGACCUCAUUCAACCUCCAUCUCAAGCUGUGGUUCCAUUGACUUCUCCUAAACUGAACUCUGAUCCUCAGAAUUUACAAGAGGAUAAAGACACUAGUCAAGGUCAAUCCCUUCCACAGACACCAGCCAUAAAUAUACCUACAGAUAGAAGUUCUCAAGAGAACGCAACUUCUGAAACCCUUUACGCCAGCAUUCCAGAUUCUGAGCUGUACAACAGUCUUGUAACAGAAACUACGCCAAGUUCAAAUACCUGUCAGCCUUUCCUUCCGCUGGAUGUUAAUAGUGUCCUCAAACCCAACUCAUUUGAUACAACAAAGAUAGAUGAGCCUGAAGGAAUAAUUAACAGUGAUAUCAUUGAUGAACUGAUGUCCUCUGACGUGUUUCCACUGUUGCGGCUCUCUCCUACUCCUGGUGAUGACUACAGCUUCAACUUGGAUGAUAAUGAAGGAGUCUGUGAUCUCUUUGACGUGCAGAUACUGAACUACUAGAUGCCA